GGUUAAUCAUAUUGAAAACGCCCGCUCUCUGUUUUUUCUCGUUUCUCCUCCCUUCGUUCUCGGGUCCAUCUGCGUUCGUAUCAAGUCCUUGCACUCUUCUUCUUCGUAUCUGGAUUGUUUCGAAGUUCUCUAACGAACGACAAUGGAGAGUUUGAUCGUGUUGAUUAAUACGAUACAAAGAGCAUGCACCGUAGUCGGCGAUCAUGGCGGCGAUAGCAACGCUCUAUCUUCUCUAUGGGAAGCUCUUCCUUCCGUCGCCGUCGUUGGUGGCCAGAGUUCUGGUAAAUCUUCGGUUCUAGAGAGUAUCGUCGGGAGAGAUUUUCUUCCCAGAGGAUCCGGUAUUGUUACGAGACGGCCUUUGGUUUUACAACUUCAUAAGACUGAAAAUGGAACAGAGGAUAACGCAGAGUUUCUCCACCUUACCAAUAAAAAAUUCACCAAUUUCUCUUUGGUUAGAAAGGAGAUUGAGGAUGAGACUGAUAGAAUCACUGGGAAGAACAAACAGAUUUCUUCAAUUCCUAUUCACCUCAGUAUUUUCUCUCCCAAUGUUGUGAAUCUUACUCUCAUUGAUUUACCUGGUUUGACUAAAGUUGCUGUUGAAGGACAGCCAGAAACUAUUGUUGAGGAUAUCGAAUCCAUGGUUCGCUCAUACGUCGAAAAGCCUAACUGUCUUAUACUGGCAAUAUCUCCUGCUAAUCAAGACAUAGCUACAUCCGACGCGAUGAAGCUCGCGAAAGAAGUGGAUCCAAUAGGUGAUAGAACGUUUGGAGUUUUGACAAAGUUAGACUUAAUGGACAAGGGAACUAAUGCAUUGGACGUUAUCAACGGAAGAUCUUACAAGCUGAAAUAUCCUUGGGUUGGGAUAGUGAACCGUUCACAAGCCGACAUUAAUAAGAAUGUCGACAUGAUGGUUGCAAGAAGGAAAGAGCGAGAGUACUUUGAAACCAGUCCUGACUAUGGUCACUUAGCCACAAGAAUGGGCUCAGAAUAUCUUGCAAAGCUCCUCUCUAAGCUCUUAGAAUCUGUUAUAAGGUCACGUAUUCCAAGUAUCCUAUCCUUGAUAAACAACAACAUCGAGGAACUCGAAAGAGAGUUAGACCAAUUGGGCAGGCCUAUCGCUAUUGAUGCUGGAGCUCAACUAUACACUAUCUUGGGAAUGUGUAGAGCAUUCGAAAAGAUAUUCAAAGAGCAUUUGGAUGGCGGGCGUCCCGGAGGUGCACGGAUCUAUGGAAUCUUUGACUACAAUCUUCCAACAGCCAUAAAAAAACUUCCAUUUGAUCGUCAUCUUUCAUUGCAAAGUGUUAAGAGAAUUGUCUCAGAAUCUGAUGGCUAUCAACCUCACUUGAUAGCACCAGAAUUAGGUUAUCGUCGUCUUAUUGAAGGAUCCCUAAAUCAUUUUAGAGGUCCAGCUGAAGCUUCUGUGAAUGCUAUUCACCUUAUCUUAAAAGAGCUUGUAAGGAAAGCAAUCGCAGAAACUGAGGAGCUAAAACGUUUCCCUUCACUACAAAUUGAGUUAGUUGCUGCAGCAAACUCAUCAUUAGACAAGUUUCGUGAAGAAAGCAUGAAGUCAGUUCUUAGAUUAGUCGACAUGGAAUCUUCAUAUCUAACGGUUGACUUCUUUCGCAAGCUUCAUGUAGAAAGCCAAAACAUGUCUCUUUCUUCACCAACAUCAGCAAUAGACCAAUACGGUGAUGGGCAUUUCAGAAAGAUAGCUUCAAAUGUAGCUGCUUAUAUCAAGAUGGUUGCAGAGACACUUGUUAACACUAUUCCUAAGGCUGUUGUUCAUUGCCAAGUCAGACAAGCGAAACUCUCUUUGCUUAAUUACUUCUAUGCACAGAUUAGUCAGAGUCAGGGGAAACGAUUGGGACAGUUGCUAGAUGAGAACCCGGCAUUGAUGGAAAGGAGAAUGCAAUGUGCAAAGAGGCUCGAGCUAUACAAGAAGGCUAGAGAUGAGAUUGAUGCAGCGGUUUGGGUUCGAUGAACGAAGCCGGUUUGAUUUUAUUGGUUGACAUAUUAAACCUUUUAAGUUGAUAAACAGACAACUAUUGUAGUACUUGUGGUUAUCUCCGGUAUAAUCGUUGCUAUUUCUUGCACACACAAAAUUAACUUAAGUUUUUUACUUGGUAAUAAAAUUUCCUUUUCUUUGACCCA